UCAGCACAGCAUGACGGGCGCAGCAACACCUGCAGUUUCUCUGACCGUUACAUCAUGGCGGCAUCAGAUUCUAAGGAGACAUGGAACACCUUGUAUCACCCGUGGCAGUUCUCUCCCUGCAGUGUACGGUACUUCACCGACUACAUAACAUCACAGCUAAACACACUCCGCGGUUACAACUGUUUAACAGGGAGGCUCCCCAUAGAACCUGACAUCCCGUACACAGCAGAUCAGCUGCUGGGGCAGAUGUACACACCAGAUCAGCAGUGUCAACUCGUGUACGGCCCUACGUCUUAUCUUUGCCGUGGCCUUCACGGCACAGAUCCAGCGAGCAUCUGCCGUGAUAUGUACUGCCAGGAUCCUGACGACCCAGACAUGUGUAUAGCCAUACGGGCUGCCAGAGGUACCACGUGUGGAAACGGCCGGAUUUGUGAAAAUGGACAUUGCGUGCUCCAUGCCGAUGCACCUCAUGUUGACGUGACGUGUAUGUACGGAGACGAGCCGGGUAGGAUAGGAGAUUUCUCGUCAUGCCGCGCCAUGGUGGAUGAUUUCAUCGGAUUUUGUUCCAGGGACUCGUUGUUUGCCUCUUGUUGCAGCUCAUGCAAUGCAGUUAAAAGAACAGUUCAGGGUUGCGAGUUUGGAGAUUACUAUUCGGAUUGUGUAGCGUCCAACUGCUACUACACAGAUAUGCGAACGAAGUGUUGUGAAAAGUGUAACAUUGGCGUUCCUUAUACUACAAGGAGGACAUCAACGACUCGCCCUUCAACUACAACAGCUAAACGUUGUACUGACGAUACAACAUACACAGACGGGGGCAGACAUUGUUCGUCCAUAGUUCAGAACUCACCUUACUUGUGUUACGAGCAGGAGGUCAAAGACGCUUGCUGCACAUCCUGUCAACAGGUCAACACGUCCGAAGCUGGGUGUGAGUACGGCGACAAGGCGCCAUCUUGGUGUGGACACCCAGACGCCUGCACAAAGUUCCCAGACAAAUGUUGCGGCACUUGUUCCAAAACAGGAUCCGGUAUUGGUUACGGAACAGCAGCUUGUAUAGACGAAUCUAACUUCCGGUACAACGGAAGAAGCUGCUCGUCUGCCGUGGAGACCUACAAAGGCAACUGUUACAACACAGACUUCCAGCAGACGUGUUGCCGCUCUUGUCUCAAUGCUAGGAAUGUGCCUAAUAUUGGCUGUGAGUAUGGAGACAGAAAUCCGUCCGAUUGUCUCCACAAAUGCAACAAUUACAAAGCUGACUGCUGCGCCCAUUGCAACACAUCAACCAGACUACAGCUGUCGAUCUUCUUAAUGGUUAUGGUUUCUGCUUUGAAAAUGUUCUCAAUUUUGUAACUAUUCUUGUGUACGUUUUGCACAGCUAUAGUGUUCGAGCAAGAACUUUCAAGUUCAUACUUACUAAACAAAGUAUCUUCCAGAUUAUUUGAAAACCGUCCCUAACUUAGCAAUGAACCUUUUAUUGUAUCUUUGUAUUUUUUAAAAACAUUUGUAACAUACAUUCUGAUGAGGUCAUACCGAUUUUAUUUGUGCAGCUUUCAGACUAUAGAGCUGAUGUAGUAUGCGUGAGGAAAGGGGGGGGG